CUCACGUGAUCUUACCCACGUGUACAAGUCUUGAUCGUUCUCUUUUUUCUCUCUGCAUCGAAAAGGCAGACAAUAAGCUUUUGUUAGGGUAAAUUUGUACAUCAGUACAGCAUUGAAUAUGGCAGAUACUGCAGGAAAGCCAAUCAAAUGUAGAGCAGCAGUUGCAUGGGAAGCUGGUAAACCACUGACAGUGGAGACCAUUGAAGUAGCUCCUCCAAAGGCCAAUGAAGUCCGUAUCAAAAUCCUUGCAACAGGAGUAUGCCAUACUGACGCCUAUACCCUGAGUGGAGUUGACCCUGAAGGCCUGUUCCCUUGUAUCCUGGGUCACGAGGGGGGUGGUAUUGUGGAGAGCGUUGGCAAAGGAGUAACAAAAGUCAAACCUGGCGAUCAUGUGAUUCCAACGUACAUUCCUCAGUGUGGUGAAUGUAAAUUCUGCAAGAGUCCCAAAACCAAUCUCUGUGGCAAGAUCAGGGGCACCCAAGGAAAAGGAGUAAUGCCUGAAGGCACCUCUAGAUUCACAUGUAAUGGUAAAACUGUCUACCAUUUCAUGGGUACCAGUACUUUUUCAGAGUACACUGUUGUGGCUGACAUCUCCUGUGCCAAGGUCAAUGAGAAAGCUCCACUAAAUAAAGUGUGUUUACUUGGUUGUGGUAUAUCCACCGGAUAUGGUGCUGCACUAAAUACUGCUAAAGUAGAGCCAGGUUCAACUUGUGCUGUAUGGGGACUUGGUGCUGUUGGACUGGCAACAGUUAUGGGGUGUAAGGUUGCUGGUGCAACAAGAAUCAUUGGAGUUGACAUAAAUCCUACAAAGUUUAUGCUGGCCAAGCAGUUUGGUGCAACAGAAUGUUUGAAUCCCAAGGAUUAUGACAAGCCCACUCAAGAGGUUUUAGUUGAAAUGACCGAUGGUGGUCUUGAUUACACAUUUGAGUGCAUUGGUAAUGUUAACACUAUGCGUCAAGCAUUGGAGGCUUGUCACAAGGGCUGGGGCACAUCAGUCAUUAUUGGAGUUGCUGCAGGAGGAAAGGAAAUCUCCACCCGUCCAUUCCAGCUUGUUACUGGACGUGUGUGGAAAGGAACAGCUUUUGGAGGCUACAAAAGUGGUGAUGGUGUUCCCAAGCUUGUCGAUGAUUAUCUUGCUGGAACUUUAAAAGUAGAUGAGUUCAUUACUCACAACAUGCCUCUGGAUAAAAUCAAUGAAGCCUUUGAUCUGAUGCACAAAGGCGAGAGUAUUCGUUCAAUUGUCCACAUGUAAGGAUGAAGGAGUGUGUGUUCCGUCUUACAUAUCAAGCUCUCCAAGAAACUGGUUAAACCCUAGUCAUGUUGAUCAUUGUCUAUACUAUACUGUAGUUAAUUAAUAAAUUGAUUGCUAAAGAAAAUGAAAUAAAUUGGAAUAAAAUAGAAGAUUUUCAGAACAAU